GCCGGUAGACUAUACCGUCAGUCUUGUGAAGAUAUUCCGGGAGUCAACAGGUGCAAACGUUUUUAUUAAUCAAAAGUGACGAUCGAGUUAUCGUCGGGAAUCAGCCGAAACCCCCCCAUUCGCGAGAUAAAGGGGAUAUAAAUAUAUAGUCAUGCUACCUUAGAAAUUCAGUCACUUUUUUUUCUUUUAUUUUCAAACAAAAAAAAAAAAAAGAAAGAAAUUAUAGUUCGUCGCUAUUUUUGGUGAACAAUUAUUUUUUUGUCUCAAAAAAGAAAAAGAGAAAUAAAAAAAAGAGACAGAGAGAACAUUUUCUACUUGCUAGAAGGGUUGUUCACACUUUAUCAAAAUGACAACCAAAUUUGAGGUACUUUACUUGACCAUUUUCUUGUCAAGCAUCAUUGGCUAUCAAUGUUCCGAACUCCCGAAGCCUACUUACACCAGGACAAUGUUAAAAGUGUCCAGAAGUCUUCCUGGUGAAACAGAAGAAUUGAAAGUUCGCACCAGCGAAGGAAAAUUAACGACUCUAAUUGUCAAGAGAAAAGACAGACCACAAAUUUUCGAUAAUCCAAAACCCCUAAAAACAUCGUCAUCAUCAUCAUUAUCUCAAGAGCAGAAUGACGAAAACACAUUCCAAACACCAAAAAGUUGGACCAUCAACAGUAAUAAUGAUAACAAUGUUCGUCACCUUGAAGUGGCUCAAAUCCAAAGGAUACGCUCUCAACUCGUUCAAAAAAAUGACUCAGACCCAACAACAAAAAAUUUCAGUACAAAUGAAGAUAAACAAAAAAUUCACUAUGGAAAUUGGAAGCCAAUUGAUGAAAUUCAACCCAACGAUCAAGUGAACGCGAACAGUGAUAAUUACCCCACAUGGCAGACAAUCCCCAACGAAAAUAAAGUCACCAGAGAUAAUUUGGUCCUAAUUAGUAAUUUUCGCGAUAGAGAUGAAAAAAAGAUGAAUUAUCCAGUUGAGGAGAAACAAGCACGAUUGUUGCUAACAAAAGGGGAGCCCUACGCUUUUUUCCCCCACGAACCACGACCAUUGAGACGAACGAAUAUUGGUGAGAAUUUAAUGAAAAAUCGUGACGCAAAAAAUGUACCACCCGAGGUGACAAUCACGUCCGAGGUGAAUGUUAAGUCAAAAGUGAAGCAGCCGACAAUUACGUUUGAAAAAGAUGGCACACAAGUGAUACACGGUGAACGUAAACCCGACGAUCCGUUGGAUAAAAUUUACACCUGGAGAAAUGCGAGAGUUAUUAAUAAUCGUUUAAUACCACAAGGUGCCAUGUCAGUUACUGUUGAUCCCUCAACACUUUAUCAAUCUUCUUCUUCUUCUUCUGAUAAUCUCGUGGAAAAGCAGAGGUUUAAACAGUUCUUUGAAGAUGUUAAUCGCAGAUACGGAAGAAACUUUAAUGACGACAACAGAAACGUCUACUACGAAUGGGAGCCAAAAAACUAUCAAACCGAUAGCCAACUAAGACCAGAGAACUACGAAUUCAAAGCCGACAAUUAUCGUUCAUCAACAAUUCAAAAACGAAUGCUCCAUCCCGAGAGUGUGACAACAUUUCCAAAUUCUCCAAUUUAUACGCCCGAGAGUCAAAAAAUUGCCCCCCUAACAAUGAAACCAGGCGCACGAGCUCCAGUUCUUCAGUACGCUCAUCCAGAACUGGGCGUGCAACCAGCAAAAAUUCUAAAAAACGAAAAACGUCGCCCCGACAAUUUUCCCGAGAAUCAAUAUUCAUUCACCGAACAGCGUCACAAGAAGAAAUACGUCUUGAACGAUAAAAAUCUCGUCGAUUCCUACACUCUGAAGAACUACUAUCCCAAUCAGCAUUUCUACGGACUCAAGAAGCCAGAGACACCAUUUUGGAUAAAGAUAUCGGAAAAUUUGAAGAAUCAAUUUUCCACCGGCGUCGAGAAAGUGUCACGAUUCACGAAACCUGUUUUCGAUCCUCUAGUGGAGGCGACGCAUAAAAUUUCGCAAAAUCUCGGUCUGUCGAAGAGUCAAGAGGCGCAGGAGAAAAUUGGAACUGUUGCUUCGAGUUCUUCCAUUUUGAUACCGGCAUUGGGUUUGGUUGCUUCGGGUGCUGCUUUGGGAAUUGGUGCAGUGGCUGUGGGGAGGUAUUUGGAUGUCGAUGUUUUGAAGAGAUCGAAUGAAAAUGCAGUCGAGGAGACAAGAGCUUUGGGAGCAGUUCCAAAUUUUGAAAAUGGAGAAAUUUUGAGUCCGGAAGCAGUUCAAGUUGGGAAUAACGAAAAUGUCUACUUGCUUCUUGAGGAAGUCGAACCAAAGGAGGAAAGUUCAGAAACACCACAGAUUACGCUCGGCAAAAAUCAGAGAAGAAAAAGAAGUUUAGACAUCGAUAUUUUUGGCGCUACACAAGAGAAUCAGAAUCAUAUCCGAACUAAGAGAUUUCAACGGAAAGGUGCAGAUCUAAUAACCGAAAUUGUGGAAAUAGAUGUGCCUGCGAAGGGAAAUAUUGACAUCACAGAACUUUUGAUACCGAAGAACAGUAAGGAAAAGCUAACAGAGGAUAAUUCAAUUUUAUUGGUAGAAGAUGGUUCGAUUCCGUUGGGAAUAACCCAACAGCAGGGGCAACAGCUGGGAAUUGGAGAAAAAGUGAAAAAUAAUGAAGCACUGGAUAAAAUGGUGCAAGUUGUUGAUGAAAUUUUGAGAAAAAGGGACGAGGAAGCAGCAAGCAGAAGAAGAAGAAGAAGAAGGAGUUUGGACACUGAUCAAGAAUUAAUGGAUGCUUUUCAAAAUUUAGAGAAUGCUGCCGUUUCGGAGGUCAAUCAUAUUGCUGGCGAUUGGACGAAUACGCCGUGUGCCAAAAAAAUGUUUUGCGAUGCCAUGCUUGAGAAUGGUCCAGACGCUUCUAUAUUCAUGGAGAAGAGGAUGGAUUCACUGUUGUCAUUAAUACAGCCUGGAGCAGCUGCCCAAGUGUCUGGUCACUUCGAAGAGGUCAUGGAGGCCGUAAGGAGAUACGACUGUUCGAAAUUCGUGUGCCUGCAGGCCAGGCCAGGAAAUGUCUUCUAUUCUUAAUUUUUACCUCGCAGCGCACUCAUUUAUCAAUCAUUUAUAUAUAUAUUUAUAAUUAUCAAAAAUCGCAACAACAAAAAAAUCAUCUCAUAAAAAUCGCUCUCUCGUCAAUGGAGCGAAACUUCAAAACUUGUAAUUUUGUCUUAUAAUUAGUGUCGAAACUAAUUCAGGUCAAUGAGAGUCAGUAACAAGUUUUACCUGCAAAAAGAAAGGAGAGACGCACUUUAGAAAAUGGUUAAAAAAUGGUUUUUAAAUGUUUUUUAGAAAUUCAUUUUUCAUUAUUUUCUAGAAAUAUUUUUUAGAAAUUCAUUUUUCAAUAGUUCGUGAAAAUAUUUUAAAAAAUAUUU